AUGGCCCUGCAAGUUUGGGAGACUUUCUCAAAGAAUCAAUCACAGCAUACACAUGUCUCUCUCCAGCGACCUUCUUUAUGUUUGGGUCCUCCAAUCAAGCUUGGAGAGAUCACUCUGGAGGAGUUGAAGCAGUACGAUGGGUCUGAUUCUAAGAAGCCUUUGCUCAUGGCAAUCAAGGUCCCUCAGCCAUCAUCCGCCCAACAACCACCACCAAAUAAUAUCUCAUCCUUCUCCUCCUCGGACCUCCCAUGGCGUCCCGACCAGAACCAAAUCCUCCUCUCUCCCAAUUCCACAUUCGCCGCCGGGUUUCAACCCGUACCCACCUCUCCAAACAUGUAUACCUUCUCCGUUUGGUUCCACAACAUCUCUCAAACUGCCAUAGUCUGGUCCGCCAACGAUAAUUCUCAUGUCAACCGCUCCGCCACCGUCUUCAUCACGCGCUCCGGCGAGCUCCGUUUAGGGUAUUCCUCCGGCGAAAACUUAUGGCCUUCAAAGCCCACCGGAAACACAAAUAGCAGCAGACUCAUUCUUCAUGAUAAUGGUAACCUAGUGUUUGGCAACUGGAAAAGCUUUUCUCAUCCAACAAAUACUAUUCUUCCCAAUCAACAGAUCAAUGGAACAACAUUGUCUUCAAAGAAUGGGAAGUUCAGAUUUGUUGACUCAAAACAACUUGUUUUUGAUGCAAAUGAGAGUUACUAUUCUACUGAUGAUUCUUUUGUGCUCCUGGAUUAUAAUGGAAAAGUCUCACAAGAAAACGGAGCUUCAUUCAUUUCAGCAGAUUUCGGAGCUACCCGGUUGAGAAAAUUGACCCUUGAUGAGGAUGGGAAUCUCAGAAUCUACAGUUUUGAUCCCAAAUUGGGUCAAUGGAUUGUUGGUUGGCAAGCAGUUUCUGAACUCUGUACAAUACUUGGUACGUGCGGCCCUAACUAUAUAUGCAUGUAUGAUGGUUCAAACUCUACUUUUUGCAUAUGCCCACCGGGCUUCCGGCGAGUUUCCGCCGGCGGCAAAGAAUCAUGCCAACGGAAAACUCCGAUGACCGACCUAAGAAACAGCAAGUUUUUGCGUUUUGACUAUGUGAAUUUUUCCGGUGGGUCAAACGGAACAGAUAUUAAUGCCCAGAAUUUUUCUACUUGUGAAGCCUCAUGCUUGAAUGACCCGAAAUGUCUCGGGUUUGGGUUCAAGUAUGAUGGUAGUCGUUAUUGUGUACUUCAAUUGGAGAGGCUGCGAUUUGGGUAUUGGUCUCCGGGUAAUGAAAUCGCCACUUUUGUUCGGGUGGACAGAUCCGAACCCGAUGAAUCGAACUUUACGGGUAUGUUAAAUUUGCUGGAGACGACUUGUCCGGUUCGGGUCAGCCUUCCCUACCCACCAAAAGAGUCCAGCACCACAACCAGGAAUAUUGUGCUAAUUUGUACUCUCUUUGCUGCCGAGCUCUUUAGUGGAGUUUUUUUCUUUUGGGCAUUUUUGAAGAAGUACAUAAAGUAUAGAGACAUGGCUCAGACCUUUGGGCUUGAAUUUAUGCCUGCGGGUGGGCCAAAACGGUUCAGGUAUGCGGAGCUUAAAGCUGCUACCAAUGAUUUCUCUCGCAAUAACAUUAUUGGGAAAGGUGGGUUUGGUGAUGUUUAUAAAGGAGAAUUGAAUGAUCACCGGGUUGUAGCAGUGAAGUGCUUGAGAAAUAUUACUGGUGGUGAUGCUGAAUUUUGGGCUGAGGUCACAAUUAUUGCCCAAAAGCACCAUCUCAAUUUGGUAAGGCUAUGGGGUUUUUGUGCUGAAAAGGGUCAAAGAAUGUUAGUCUAUGAGUAUGUGCCUAAUGGUUCACUAGACAAGUUCCUAUUUCAAGGGUAG